UAACGCCCUGCCCGUGCUGGCCCUUAGGGGCUGACGCGGGACUUGGUCACGCAGGUCUUGCAGCCCGGCCAGACGGGGAUGUGGUUCGGGCCGAGACUAGGGCGGCGCCGCCGCCGUGACGUCGCCGCUGCCAUGCCCUCCGCGACCUCGGCCACGGCGUCCAGCGGACGCCGCAAGCGUUCGGUGCAGAUGUCCCAGGACGGCGACGUGGACAACGACAUCCCCUGGAAGCUUGCCGAGUUGCUGCGGGAGCUGCAAGGGGCGAAGCGCUCGCCGACACCAUGCGACUCCUCCGACAUCAACUGCCUCCUGUCCAACAUUGCUAACGGCGGCUCGAACUACGCUCCGUCAGAGCAGGAGCAGCGCUCUCGCUCUGAGGGCAACCUCGUGAACUUCACCCCUCGCCUGGGCCGGGAGAGUGGCGAGCAGCCCGAGGACCUCGAGGGCUCGAUGGGAGGCGCGGCCACAUCGCGACAGCUGCGCACGGACAGCGAGCCUACCUGGGGGUUCUCGCCACGUUUGGGCCGUCGCCUGCUGCCACCGGGCACCGUGGACGUGCACGCCCCGGCUGGAGUCCCACCCUCCCCGGCCAGCCUACAACCCUUGUUGGCCCUCCAGCGGUCCAGGGGUGGACGCUCCGCGCGGUCCGCGCCGACGGACAAGGGAACAGGGAGCCAAGGACAAGCUCAGGUGUAGUCGAUAAACUGCAUUAAGGAAUGAAGGUGGAAAAAUGAGAAAGAAACAAACAAAACAAUUGGCCGUGAAGAUGGUAUGAGACCAAGUGGAAUUACGCUACAUGUUUUCAACUUUAGAUCAUAGAGUGUGGAACAAGAUUGACUUUGGCUGGAUAAAUCUCUGUUCUCCAUUUUAAUAAAAUCAUCAUUAUUCACUCAUUUUUUUCUGAUAUGUAGCACUUGCUUAAAAUGUGUGAUAGUCCUUAUUGCAUUGACCUGAAUUUAACUAAAUUGAUUAACACAUUGUGCCUGACAUGACUUUCUUAUGGUCAUGCUUUGCUGUAAAACGCCACCCCUUUAAUUACCUGCCAGACUCAAUGUGUUAACAAUAAUUGUAGGGUAAAAGUCCUCAGGAUGGAUUUUAGUGCCUCAAAUUUUGGAACACCUUAGGAGUACUUUUAUGCAUGUGAUAGUAUGUUAUUUAUUUUGUGACGACUUCAGGUAAGGGAAUGACAGGAAACAUGAUUUUAUCUGAAAUUUGUGGCACAAACUGGGUCCUCCAUUCUUAGGAUAUUUUCUUUCACUCGAUUUAUUUUCCCAAAAGAGUAAAAUUAACUUUUGUAUUUGUUAACCAUCGUUAUGUUAGCGAAACUAAGAGAAAAAUAAAAGGAGCAUCACACUAUAA